AUAAUCCAUUGAAGAAAGAAGAAACAUAUAUAUCACAAAAGAUGAUUUGCAUUCGCCAUCGUAUUGUCCUAUCUUCCAUCUUUUUCCUUGCCUUCGUCUCGUCGUUCUUUUUGUUUGCUACGCAUAGUUUUGCUACUAGAGUAGGUCACUCUCUGGUGCAAGAAGAGAUCACAAAGGUUCCAAAAUAUAAAAAGCUUGAGGAGCCGGAGAUUCCAGACGAGCCUGAGUUGCCGCUGCCCGAAGAGCCGGAGAUUCCAGAAGAGCCUGAGGUCCCUGAGGAGCCAGAAGAGCCUGAGGUUCCUGAGGAGCCAGAAGAGCCUACAUUUGAAUUUCCGUCAUGGAUCCCGAGCUUUCCUUUUCCCGGUGCUGGCGGCGGUUCUCUAAAUACUGAGAAGACAAAAUCUACUUCAACGGCUGAAAAGGUUAAUGUGAAAAGCACAAGUGUUUCCGAGGAAACUUCGAAUGGUUCGAACAAGAGUCCAUAGAUUCAUGGCCUAAGAACGUUAAAAGGGCAUCUAUAUAGUGAAUGCUCUUGCAUGAUAUAUUAAUGAUGAUAUAAAUUAUAAAGUAAUAAUAGUUUGUCUUGUGUCUAAUUAAAAGUCAAGAAAGAUCAUCUAUAUAUAGAACCAUAUUUAUGAAGAGUUUCAUUUCAAUUCA